AUGAAAAAUGAAAUGUUCGAGUUUACACGUUCCUUAAAUUCUACAUCUGAGGACAUCCAUGAUUUUCGUAAAGAAAUCAAUGACCUUAAAAACCAAGUAAAAGAACUCGAGCACUUCAAAAAGGAAGCCAAUGACCUCCGACUCGAAGUCGCCGAGCUGCGUCUUGAACUUUCAUCACAGCAGCAGCGUCAAUUCUUGCGGGACAUCGAAAUCACAGGAAUCACCGAACAUAAACAAGAAAAUCUUAUACACACUAUGUCCAUACUAUCAACAAAACUUGGAGUGGAACUGGGACCUCAUGACAUUGACGACGUAAGACGGGUCGGUAAACGUGACACUACCGAUAACGUUGAGAAUUCAAUGCGAACCCCGCGCCCUGUGGUGGUGACCCUGACACGGCGCGCGCCCCGGGACCAACUACUGCGCGCCGCGCGCGUCCGCCGAGGCGUCACCACCGAAAAAAUUGAAGUACCAGGAAACCCACGACAAGUCUUUAUAAAUGAACAUCUCACGAAGGAAAAUAGAAUUCUAUUCAGCAAGGCACGUACCACCGGUAAGGAGCUCAAGUUUAAAUAUGUUUGGACAUCAAAUGGGAACAUCUUCAUGAGAAGGUCUGAGACUAGCACUGUAGUUCGUAUCACCUCAGAAGCGGUGCUUAACAAGCUCAGGGGAGAUUGUGAUGGCCGUGGCAUACCCUGUUCCCCGCAGCGCUCCUAA